AUGGAUUGGACCGAAGGAUUCAACCCUUACCAGAUCUACAUGCCCACGGGCUCUCACUCUUUUCCUUGCUCGGAGAGCUCUCUCAGCCUCUCCGCAAUGUCGACUCCAAUGCAAAGUCCGAACUUUCCACCCGGGUUCAGGUAUGAUUUUUUGAAGUGUGAUAUUAUGAAAAGUCGAAAUUUUUUCUUUUUUUUCCUUCAGAAUGGAGUUUAUUUUUAUCUCAUAUUUCUUGAAUUUUAGAAAAAGAAAAAAAGUCUUCAAACUUAUAGUCUUGAGAAAAAUAACUUUUAUCAGCAAAAUUUUUCGAAAAAAACAUGAGAUUUUUGAUUUCAAACCAGAAAAAACUUUCUGAUUGAAAUGAGGAUUUUCAAGAUUUAAUUUGAACCUAAAAAAACAAAAAAAGCUUCUUCUCAUUUUCAAUCUUUUUUCACUCAAGUCAAAAAGUGGAAUAAAAAGAUAAAGCUUCAAAAAAAUGGUAACUGCCCUAAAUCAACUCCUGAAUCUUUCAUAACAUCUUUUGUGACCUUCUAGCUCAAAUUCUCAAUAAAAUUCACUCCAACUUAUUCAUUCAUUGGUUCCAGCCUCGGCGACGCCAACCUCGACAAGAAGAAAAACCGUCGCUACAAAACUCCUUCACCUCAACUUUUGCGAAGAAGACGAAGUGCUGCCAAUGAACGGGAGAGGAAAAGAAUGAACACGUUGAACGUCGCUUAUGAUAAGGUAUCUUCAAGAACUCCAGAAAUUCGAUUAGGUUUGAAAAAACUGUUUGAAACGUGGAUACGGUAGCUGGCAUGCCUCCAAGGCCGGAGCGAGUGUCUGCUAACAGAUGUUAUCCCCCGUGAACCUCGUUGCGCUUCACGCGACAAUCUUGUCCUCCGAUAUAUGACGUUUUUGAAUUAUGAGUGCUCUACCUGUCCUUCUCACCGUUUCAAACCUUUUCUUUUUGAAAUAUAUCGCAUAUAACUUUUUCAAUAAGGCUUUUUUUCAGUUACGAACGGUCCUACCAGUGCUCGACACGGGCAAGAAGCUGUCCAAAUUUGAAACCCUACAAUUGGCACAGAAAUACAUCGAAUGUCUAGCUGGAAUCUUGAAAGACCAGCCCACAGAACAGACCAAAAAAUCUUCGAAAUGCGUCUUCAAACCGGAGCCCCAUUGCUGA